AAGAGGAAUAUGCAGCCUCAACAAACUGGCCUUUCCACUAAUAACUGCAUAAAAGAAAAAUAAAAAAUCUAUGUGGAAGUUGUUCUGAGCACUGAUGCCAACUUGGGAAACUCCAGAAUUUCAUGAUCUAGUCAAAUUUCAAAGCUUGGCUUUGGUUACGGUCUUUUAAACAGAAGCAGGACUUUUCCAUUUAAUUCAGCCGUUCAGAAGGUUCCAAAAGGUGAUACUGUGGUGGUGAUUGAUGUUUUCUGCAUGGAUUGUGGUUACUAUUGGUAAUUUGUCUAUAUAGCUUGGUCCAGGUACACAAAGUUUAGAUUUCUUUGCUGUUAAAGGAAAUCUAUUGCACUUUAGUUAUGGUCUGAAUUUUAGUCUUCCAUCAAAAAUUAUCAUAAUUAGGAAAAUAGCUUCAAAGAUGCUGUCAUACAGGGAGAAGUCUCAUUUUUUAAUGUGUGAUCAGUGCUCAGAGUGCAAAAGAGAUUUUAAGAGAGCCCAAGUGACUAUGAAUAAUUUUUUUUUUUUUUAAGAAGCGUUUACAAUUUGCAAGCUUUCAGUUGGCCUGAUAUGUUUACAGCUUCAGAUGAACCACAACAGCAUGGAUAUAUGCUUGAAAAAAAUUCCAGGUCUGGUUAGGUGCUGUUUAAAAGUCCUGGGUAUAAGAUUCAAUUCUGUUGUUGUUUUUCAAUGAAACUAGUCAAUAGAGAAUAUUUGCCAAAUUUGAAUAAAACAAAAGUAUAACUUUCAAGAAUGAAUAGUAAAUUUAGAUAACAGUAGCUGUUAAAGUAAUCUUGAGCUUCAUACAUCUAUUAUGCUUUUAAUCAUUGAGGAAUGUGGCUUAUCCUGUCUGGUAGCAGGCCUGAAGGAGGAUAACAUAAGAAGUUAAUUCUGUGGAAUUUCUGAGUCUAUUUUCCAUUUGAGCAGUACUGAAAUUGCUUGGAAAUGGAUGCAGUGCAUUCCCCUGCCUUGGCCUCAAUCCUUGAAUAUAUCCAUUUCUUCUUUAGCUAUAUUUUCCAUACUUCGUUCUAAAAUUAUAUUUACAUGGAACUGUGGUAAGUUAGCAGAGCUUAUCCAAGUAUUCAUCAGUGUCUAAAUGCUGCUCUGACAGCAGUAACCUCAGUCCUCCUUCAUCCAUCUCUGUCUUGCCAGUUCAAUAAUUGCUGUACAGAGAGGAAGCAGAAGAGAUCUGUAGGCUCAGAAAGCACAAGGUAAAUACGCAGCAGAAGUCUGCACGUGCAGGAGGACCUGCCUUGCUUUCAGUUUUGUCCACACAGAACAGACACAGUGAGAUAAACUGAUGUCAUUUAUUGCUUUUCAUAGUGCACUUAAAACAUUGUGUUCUUCAGCCAGUCUUCACAGAAAUUUUCUCAAUAGUAUACAGGCUACAGAGACAGAGAUAAAGACGAUGAAGAAUGUAGUUAAACUUAUUUACCUUCAAUUAAACUACAAGAUUUACAAUCUGAUAACAGUCUAAGUAGUAAUUUGCAUUCUAGUAGUUGGCAGAAAUAGAAAAAAUUCCUUUGAAGAUUACGAGAACUAACAAGGUUACCAGAAUCUCUUGUUUACACUUCACGCACAGAGACAUUGUGCAAUGUUUUAUUAUAUUCGCCAAAGCAAAUCAGGAGAGAAAGGGUGGGGGUGGGAAAGAAAGACCAUAUAAAGGGAAAUUGCAUGUACCCAUUCUCUGUCUCUAUUUCACACUUUCCACGAGGUUCGUGAAUGCAGAAUGAAGCUAUACUUGCUAAACAUUGUUCUGUUUUUUUGCUGUUGCCGAACUGGAGCAGUGACCAGGGAGUACUACAUCGGGAUUGUAGAGACAGCAUGGGACUAUGCUCCUGGUAGUACUGAUAUCAUAUCUGGACAACGUUUUGCAGAAGAAGAGCAAGCUGAAGUCUUCCUUAAAAGAGGACCACAAAGGAUAGGAAGCAUUUAUAAGAAGGCUGUCUACACUCAGUACACCAAUAUUUUAUAUGAUGUGAUAGUUGAGAAACCUUCCUGGCUGGGUUUUUUAGGCCCUAUCAUUAAGGGAGAAGUUGGCGAUUCCAUUGUUGUUCACUUGAAAAACUUUGCUUCCAGAAACUACACACUGCAUCCACAUGGUGUAAAAUAUACAAAGGAAAAUGAAGGUGCUUUUUAUCCAGACAAUACCAAAGGUUUUGAAAAAAGAGAUGAUGCUGUGAAGCCUGGAGGCCAGUACACUUAUACGUGGGAUGUGACAGAAGAUCAAGGUCCUGCUGAAGGAGAUGCAGACUGCAUAACCAGAGUUUACCACUCUCACAUAGAUGCUCCAAGAGAUGUUGCCUCAGGGCUUGUUGGGCCUUUAAUAAUCUGCAAGAAAGGUGCAAUGAAUAAGGACAACAAUAAAUAUGUCGAUGCUGAAUUUAUCCUUAUGUUCUCUGUGAUGGAUGAAAAUCUCAGUUGGUAUCUAGAGGACAAUAUCAGGACUUACUGUUCUGAGCCUUCCGAAGUUAACAAAGAUGAUGAGGACUUUCAGGAAAGCAAUAAAAUGCACUCAAUCAAUGGGUACAUGUAUGGAUACCUCCCAAAUCUCACAAUGUGUGUGGAAGAUAAGGUAAAAUGGCAUCUUUUUGGCAUGGGUAAUGAAGCUGACAUCCAUUCAGCCUACUUUCAUGGUCAGACCUUAAUAGAAAGACACCAUCGAGUUGACACCAUUAACCUCUUCCCAGCCACAUUUAUUGAUGCUCUCAUGAUACCAAGGAAUCCUGGGGAAUGGCUGCUGAGCUGCCAAGUGAAUGACCAUAUAGAAGGUGGUAUGCAGGCCCUUUUUAAAGUAGAAAGUUGUAGAAAAUCCCCAAUAAAUCACAAUGAGACUCCAAAGAUAAGACAAUACUUCAUUGCUGCUGAAGAGAUUAUCUGGAAUUAUGGCCCAUCUGCCCUUAACCAUUUUACAGGACAAGAAUUAAUUGCUGACAGUGAAUCUUCUGUAUUUUUUGAACGAAGUGAGACAAGAAUUGGUGGCUCUUAUAAAAAAGCCAUUUAUAAGGAAUAUACAGAUGGUACUUUCACGGCACAUAAAAAAAGGCUCCCAGACGAAGAACAUCUUGGUCUCUUAGGACCUGUUAUCAAGGCGGAAGUGGGCGAGAGCAUCAAGGUGACUUUCCGAAAUAACGCCAGCCGCCCAUUUAGCAUCCAGCCCCAUGGUGUGAGUUACCACAAGAGCAACGAGGGAGCAUUGUAUAGAACUGCCUCCAGAGAUACUGAAUCUCCAGCUUCCCAUGUCAGUCCUGGUGCUACGUUUACGUAUGAGUGGAAUGUGCCAAAAGAUGUGGGCCCCACAGACCAAGAUCCAGACUGCUUAACUUGGUUUUAUUACUCAGCUGUGGAUUCAGUCAGAGAUACCAGUUCGGGCCUUGUGGGUCCUCUUUUGGUGUGCAGGAAAGGAGCUCUACUUCCUUCUGCAAAACAGAGAAGUGUGACCAGGGAGUUUUUCCUACUUGCCACAGUAUUUGAUGAGAAUCUGAGCUGGUACUUGGAUGACAAUAUUUUGAUGUUUACAUUAAAUCCUAAUGAAAUUGACAAAGAUAAUGAGGACUUCCAAGAAUCUAACAAAAUGCACUCCAUUAAUGGUUACAUGUAUGGAAAUCAACCUGGUCUCGAGAUGUGUAAAGGCGAUGUGAUUUCCUGGCAUUUGAUGGGCUUGGGGUCAGAAGUCGAUGUUCAUGGGAUAUACUUUUCACAAAACACAUUCAUAACAAAAGGAACAAGAAAGGAUAUGGCAAAUCUAUUUCCACACACAUUUGUUACAGCUAUUAUGAAGCCUGAUUCUGAAGGAAUUUUUGAAGUAUCGUGCCUGACAACGGAUCACUACAGAGGGGGCAUGAAACAGAAAUACAAAGUGAAACCAUGUUAUCAGUGGAAUGUGGAUCCAUCCCUGUAUUUGCAUGAGAAGACACAUUAUAUUGCUGCCGUGGAAGUUGAAUGGGACUAUUCCCCGAACAGGACAUGGGAAUUUGAGCGGCAUCAAUAUCACAAGGAAAGCCCUGGCAAUCCAUUUUUAAAUAAAGACGACACAUUCAUUGGCUCAAAAUACAAAAAGGUAGUAUAUCGUGAGUACACAGAUCAGACAUUCAGUACUCCAAAAAGCAGAGCAGAGGAAGAGGAGCACCUUCAAAUUCAAGGGCCACUGAUUAUGUCAAGUGUUGGAGAUAAAAUUAACAUAGUUUUUAAGAACCUGGCAUCAAGACCUUAUUCUAUACAUGCCCAUGGAGUGAAAACAGACAGUUCUGUUGUUGAGAUAACCAACCCAGGUGAAACUAAAAUUUAUGUCUGGAAAAUAUCAGCAAGAUCUAGUUCUGAGAGAGGUGAUCCACACUGUACUGCAUGGGCAUACCAUUCAACAGUAGACAUCAUUAAGGACACUUACAGUGGAUUAAUAGGCACACUUGUUGUGUGUCCUAGACAUUAUUUACCAUCGUCUCAUACUAGAAAGAAAGUUCAUUUUGCUCUUCUUUUUAUGGUUUUUGAUGAAAAUGAGUCAUGGUAUUUGGAUGAAAACAUCGAAACCUAUUCUGCCAACCCCCACCUUGUUGACAAAGAAAAUGAGGAAUUCCUUGAAAGUAACAAAAUGCAUGCCAUUAAUGGAAAGGUAUUUGGAAAUUUACAUGGUCUGACUAUGCAUGUUGGAGAUGAAGUAAGCUGGUAUUUGAUGGCAAUGGGCAAUGAAAUAGAUAUUCACACAGCACACUUCCAUGGCCACAGCUUUGACUAUAAGCAAACAGGAGUUUACCGGGCAGAUGUCUUCGAUUUGUUCCCAGGAACAUUUCAAACAGUGCAAAUGAUCCCACAGAACCCUGGAACUUGGUUAUUGCACUGUCAUGUUACUGACCAUAUCCAUGCAGGCAUGGAAGCAACUUAUACAGUCCUCCCAAAGGAAGACAAAUGGUCUUUGUUCCCAAGAUUAUUCAAUCAAUCCAAGUGCAAAGACACACCAGAUAUGCGAGAAUGAAGAAAACCAUUUACUACAGUGA